AUGUGUGAGUAUCAUGGAACCCAUAGGCACAGAACCGAGGACUAUUGCCAACUAAGGGAGGAGGUGGCUCGCUUACUGAAGAACGACCACCUUUGGGAAUUCCUGAGUGAACGAGCUAAAAGCCACUACAAGGAAAGGGAAUCUCACAAACGGGCUAAACCGGUGGAACCUCAUCAUAUAAUCAAUAUGAUAAUCAGGGGAAUAGAUGCUCUUCGAGGGCCGGUGAUGAAACGAACGAAGGUUUCCGUUGUGCGUGAGAAGCGCAGCCGGGAUUACGUACCCGAGGGUUCCAUCUCCUUCAGCAAUGAGGAUGCAGAAGGCAUCAUUCAACCGCAUAAUAACGCAUUGGUAAUUUCUAUUCUUAUUUUUAAGUCACAAGUCAAACGUAUUUUGAUUAACCCAGGUAGCUCGGCCAAUAUCAUCCGGUGGAGAGUGGUUGAACAACUAAGGCUACUCGACCAGAUCGUGCCGAUCGCCCGAGUACUCAGUGGGUUCAAUAUGGCAAGUGAAACCACGAAGGGGGAGAUUUCUUUGCCGGUCAACAUUGAUGGCACCAUUCAACAGAUGGUGUUCUAUGUCAUUGAAGGAGAUAUGAAGUAUAAUGCUUUGCUUGGUCGAUCGUGGAUUCAUAGCAUGAGGGCAGUGCCAUCGACACUACACAGCUGCUGA